AUGAGCGGAUUUAUUCCCAGUGAUCGCAAAGAGGAUAAACGAGCGAAGGACAAUGUUGCGAAGCACGAAGCGAGAGCGAUGACCUCCCGCAGCAGCCUCGGCAGUCAGGAUGUCCUUCUGCGGUCGGCGAAGGAUUGGCACGUCGAGGAGAAUCGUGUGUCCAAGGACGCUGGCCGGCCUGCGCACAAGGAGAGAGGAAAUUCGAGAUGGGGUCGUGAGGAAGUCAAUCUGCGACAAUUCGAAUAA